AUGACCAAUGGGGCGAAAAAUGUCUGGAAACCCCUGGCACAGGAGUCUCCCUGCCAGAAGCCGGAGCCGAUGCCGCCUAUGAACAAAAUGACAGCCCUGUACAAACGCACAUCACGGCGAACCGUUCCGUACUCCGGCCUACUCAGGGAUUGCCUGCCGCAUCUUCCCCCCUCCAAGCAUUUGCAGCCAGCAGGCGUGUGGAGAAUAAUACUCCGUCAAUUGUACUGCAUAUUGGCCCUCGUCUUGUCGUUCCCCAAGCAUCGUGAGGCCUUCCCCGGACCAAAAGAGAAGAAAUCAUCGGAGGGCCCUAGCUCGUCUUCGUUUAAUCUCGAGAAAUGGGGAAAUUGGUCGAGUUGCAGGUCGAGCAGAGGGACCAAGCGACGCCCAACCAGCUUGUCUGUGCAUCGCAGUUGGUCACUAGCGACCGUUAGCCCAAACCCCGGCCCUGCAGGAGAUGAAAAGGCGCUGCGCAUCGUGUGA